CUUGUUUUAUAUAUAUAUAUAUAUAUAUAUAUUCAAGACCCAGACCCAAUUUUAUCAGACUGUGGAUCUGUUUAACUUUGCAAUCGCUCUCUUUCUAGCACCAAACACUGCCAACUCUAAAAUCUGAAUGCUGUUGCAGCAAAGGGGAAUUUGCCACUUAUAGCCGUCGAUCUAUCGAUCACUCUCAUACAGUAAGUUCUGAAAAAUUUACAUAUUUUCUCACAAAAUUAUCUUGCCAGAACCCAUCACAACAUAAAUUUAUACAAAUCAGAACACAAAAAAAAAAGAAAAAAAAAAAAACAUAAUUUUGAUAAUAAAAAAAAUAAUUUGGUGACAAUUUGGGUGUUACCAGAAUUUCUGAAAAAUUCACAUAUUCUCUCCCAAACUUAUCUUAUUAGAGCUAUCGCCACACAAAAAAUUACACAAUUUCAAUAAAAAGGUUGGUAACAAUUUUGGUGUCACUAAAUUUUCUGAAAAAUUUAUAUAUUCUCUCACAAACUUAUCUUAUUAUCUUGUUUGGUGAGCAAGUUCUAUCACACAUUUUCACAUUUUAAACAACCUUACACACAUUUCAAAACAUUUUUUCACUAACACAUUUAUUAAAAACACUCAAACUUCUCAAUCAAACAGGCCCAAAAAUAUACAAUUUCGUUGAAAAUUUUGGUAACAAUUUCCGUGUUACCGGAAUUUUCCUAAAAAAAAAAAAAAUCAUAUUUCAUUAAAUUUUCCCAAAAUAAAUAAAAUAAAAAAACUCCCAUAAAAAAAAAAAAAGCGCGGUAAAAAUGGCGAGGGCCCCACCAGUGACUCCGUUAUACAAUCACCGACCAAUCACAUUUCCUCAAAACCAAUUACUCUCCCGAAUCAACGCCAAAACCAAAACCAAAAUCCCAUACAAAAUCUCAGCCGUCCACGUCACCGAAAUGCCAAGUCAGCAGCACCACCACGAGGCUCAGGCUCAUCGGACGCUGGAAAUUAUAGGCGGAGCAAUGGAGUCAGUCCUGCCGGCUCUCAACUCGACCCUGACCCGAAUUCCGUACAACCCGUUUCCUUUAAUCGGGUGGAACUGCCACGUGGAGACCGUCUACGCCGCCUACUUUCGGUCCCUCCCUGACGUCAAGCUCCGCCGUGAGUGCAUCCGCACCAAAGAUAACGGCACCGUCGCACUCGAUUGGGUCUCCGGCGACGACCGUCACUUGCCGCCCGACUCUCCUCUCCUCAUUUUACUGCCAGGUUUAGCAGGAGGGAGUGAGAACACGUAUGUGAGGCACAUGUUGGUUAGAGCAAGAACUAAAGGUUGGCGUGUGGUGGUGUUCAAUAACCGAGGUUGUAGCAAUAGCCCUGUCACCACUCCUCAGUUAUUUUCAGCUUCAUUUACAGGAGACAUGCGUGAAGUAGUGGCACAUGUUGCGACUUCAUACCCAAAAGCUAAUUUAUAUGCUGUUGGUUGGUCUAUGGGAGCCAACAUUCUUGUUCGUUAUUUGGGCGAGGAAUCUCAUACUUGCCCUCUUUCUGGUGCUGUGUCCUUGUGUAAUCCUUUCAAUCUGGUCAAUUCAGGUGAGGACUUCCGUUAUGGCUUCUAUGACAAAGCUCUCGCAAGUUCUCUCCGCAAAAUUUUCAAGAAGCAUGCUCUUCUCUUUGAAGACAUGGGCGGUGAAUUCAAUAUCCAACUAGCAGCCAAUGCAAAGUAUGUUAGGUACUUUGAUGAUGCACUAACCCGUGUUUCAUUUGGUUUCAAGUCAGUGGAUGACUACUAUUCCAAUUCUAAUAGUUCAGACUCAGUAAAACAUGUUGGAAUACCUUUGCUUUGCAUUCAGGCAGCAAAUGAUCCAGUUGCUCCUGCUAGGGGAAUCCCUCGUGAAGAUAUCAAGGAAAAUCCAAACUGUUUGUUGAUAGUGACACCCAAAGGUGGCCAUUUAGGGUGGGUUGCUGGUGAUGAAGCUCCAUGUGGAGCUCCUUGGACUGAUCCUGUUGUGAUGGAUUACCUUCAGCAUCUAGAGAGAGUAGCAGGCCUUGCAUCACAUAGUAAUUCAGUAGAUGCACAGCAAUCUACAGAGGGCUUGCACAGUGUAGAAGUAUAGCUAGCAGAUGCUUAGCAUUCUUACACACACAUAAAUAUAAUCUAUUCAUAUAUAGUCUUGCUAUCAAAAUUGUGUACAACAAAAUUUACUGAAUAAGUUAAAUGUCAUCAAACUUUAGUGUUAUGUAUUGUCACUGGAACCCGGCAGGCACACCUUCAUUGAACCAUAUUUUUGAAAUGUUGAUGAAAAGAAUGAAUUUACAGAAAUGAAUGAACUAAAGAUGUAGUAUAGUCUA